CCGCGCGCCCCACGCGCCCCUCUGCCCGGGUUCCCGCGCCCCGGGGACUCCGGCCCCGCGAUGCCUGCACGCACUGCCUGCCGGCCCUUGCUCGGAGAGGCCUUGGGAACCUGGCUGGGACGGGGUCGCCCCGCGAACCCGGCCGCGUGGCGGCCGCCCCGGUCAGGGGCCUGAGGCGAGCUCGCGCUGCCGGCUUCCCCGGGCCCUCUCCCUCGUGCAGCUCGAGAGCUGUGCCCUGGGCGGGGUCUCGGCAGGACUUGUGGAUGCCACCCACCCAGCCUCAUGCAGGAUUCCUGGUCUUCAAGCCUGAGCUGAUCUCCCGGCUGGAGCAGGGACAGGAGCCAUGGGUCCUGGACCUGCAGGGAGCAGAGAAGACCGAGGCAUCAAGGAGCCCCGAGACAGAUUCUAGGAAGAGGACUGACUACGAACAGGCCUGUGGGAGUACAGUCACUCCAAAACCAGAAUCCAGCGUAACGAUGGUCAGAGCUCUCCCACAGGGUUUUUCUCGAGGUCUUGGUUAUGGAGACACUUGUGAUUCUGAGGUCUGGUCAGAGAGUCAUCCGCACAGCCUUGGCCUGAGAGUGAGGAGCUCCCGCAUCCAGAAAAACUGUCCAAGCAAGGGCUCUGAGGCUCCUGAGACCCUCACCACAGACGCUGCCCGGGGAUGUAAGGAGCUGGUGGGCAGUGGCAUGGAUUGUCAGCCUGGCAACAGUCAGAGAGAGAGAGCAGAAGGAGCGCUGCAGAGAUGCGAAGCAUGUGGCCGAGGAUUCGGGCACACCCCAGAUGCUGCUCUGCCCUGGGAAGUCGACAUGCAGAAGAAACCCAGCAGAUGUCAGGAGUGCCAGAAGACGCUCCCUGCCUGCCUGCAGGGAAAGCAUCCAGGUGGCUGCCAUGGAGAGAAGCCGUAUGAGUGUGAGGAGUGUGGGAAAGUCUUCAGGCUGUGCUCGCAGCUUAAUCAGCAUCAGAGAAUCCACACUGGAGAGAAACCGUUUAAAUGCAUUGAGUGUGGAAAAGCCUUCCGACUGAGCUCAAAACUUAUUCAGCAUCAAAGAAUUCAUACAGGAGAGAAGCCCUACAGGUGUGAGGAGUGUGGAAAGGCCUUUGGCCAGAGCUCAAGCCUCAUCCACCAUCAGAGGAUUCACACAGGAGAGAGGCCCUAUGGUUGUCCCGAGUGUGGGAAAGCCUUCAGUCAGCAGUCACAGCUGGUCAGACACCAGAGAACUCACACCGGAGAGAGGCCCUACCAGUGCAAGGAGUGUGGGAAGGCCUUUAGCCAGAGCUCAACUCUGGCUCAGCAUCAGAGGAUGCACACUGGGGAGAAAUCUCAGAUCCCAAGGACUUCAGACAGUCCAAGCCCAGUUACACAUCAGAGAAUUCACUCUGUGGAGAAGCCGUUUAAGUGUGAUGAGUGUGGGAAAGCCUUUAGAUGGAUCUCUCGCCUUAGUCAGCAUCAGCUGAUCCACACUGGAGAGAAACCUUAUAAAUGCAACAAGUGUACAAAAGCCUUUGGUUGUAGCUCACGGCUUAUUCGCCAUCAGAGAACUCACACUGGAGAAAAGCCAUUUAAGUGUGACGAGUGUGGAAAAGGCUUUGUCCAGGGCUCACACCUCAUUCAGCAUCAGCGAAUCCACACUGGAGAGAAACCUUACGUUUGUAAUGACUGUGGCAAAGCCUUCAGCCAGAGCUCCAGCCUCAUUUACCAUCAGAGGAUCCAUAAGGGAGAGAAGCCCUAUGAAUGCCUCCAGUGUGGAAAAGCCUUCAGUAUGAGCACACAACUCACAAUACAUCAGAGGGUUCACACUGGAGAGAGACCCUAUAAAUGCAACGAAUGUGGAAAAGCCUUCAGUCAGAACUCCACCCUCUUCCAACACCAGAUCAUUCACGCGGGAGUGAAGCCCUAUGAGUGUAGUGAGUGUGGGAAAGCCUUCAGCCGGAGCUCCUAUCUCAUUGAACACCAGAGAAUACACACAAGAGCCCAGUGGUACUAUGAAUACGGGAACACACUGGAAGGGUCCACUUUUGUGAGCCGUAAGAAAGUUAACACUGUGAAGAAACUGCAUCAGUGUGAUGACUGUGAGAAAAUAUUCCGGUGGCGUUCACACCUGAUUAUACAUCAAAGAAUCCACACUGGGGAGAAGCCCUACAAGUGCAAUGACUGUGGCAAAGCUUUUAAUCGGAGCUCAAGGCUUACUCAGCAUCAGAAAAUCCACGUGGGAUAAGCCAUUUGCCUGUAUAAAUGUGAAUAAAACUACAGCCUUAACUUACGGUUUUAUAUGAGAUCCUUUGUACUGACAGUUUAGAGUAUCAGGAGCGAUUCAGAAUUGCACUGUUGAGAAAGAGUAUUGACCUUCAUGCAAACUGUUUAUUUGCUGGAAUGUCUGACGCUAACUAACCCAUUGGAUGAAGCCCAUGUCUCCAACCCGGUGCCACCUGUAGUUCUGAGUCCCUGGGGGACACCCCAAGGCCCUGCAGCCGAGGGGGAAGCGUGUGAAAGGCCCUGUGAGCCCUGCAGCGCCGAGUGAGUUCAUAGUUCCGCAGGAUGUUUUCCUCAGAGGGCCAGUCCCAGGCUGGCUCCCACAGUAGGAAACGUGUGGCUCAUGUCAGAGGAUGUCUAGGGUCCCUCCCUAACCCGUACGCCCUCCACCUACUCUUUCCAGAAGAGCAGCCCAGGGAAGGGGCAGGCUGGGGAAGUGCCACUGUUGUCACUGGAGUCAGGGACACCUGAGGCCCAGGGCCUGUGUGCUUAUCUGAAAACAUGAAAUUGUAGGGUAACUGGAAGAACGUGUGUAUGGGAGCACAUCACACUGCCUGGCAGGGAGUAGUACUGUGGGUGACUUCACGUGCCCCCCCUCCCUGCCAUGUAUGUGGUCCAGUCCCAACCCCACCUCCUGUGCCUGCUGCCCCCAGUGCUUUCCUGGUCAUGCGAGGCUGCUCUGGCUAAUCUGACAGGCUCAGGUUGUACCCAUCUGACACUGUCCUGGAGCAUGUAAGGCCAUCAUCCCCAAGCUCUGCUUUGCAGGGUGAGACCUACAGUGCUGGCCUUGGCCCUGUUGCUGGUGUCCUGGUCUUUAGCUGUGGACUAUGCCAGUGGACAGUAGUCAUCGGGACCCAUGUGAGACCUGCUGGUCUUUGAUGUCUGCUGGUUAGUUACAGUACAGUAUUUGAGCCAGAAAGACCCAUCCCCAAUGGAGAGAAACUUCAUGGUGUUGUCCGUGAGCAAGUGUGUAACCAGAGGGAGCUAUGGCCCAGGCACUUUAUGAAUCGGUCCAGUUGAAGCAAGUACAGGCCCGUGUGUGGCCAGGAGCUCUCACUGUUGGUGUCUGUUGGGCACAGCAGAGUUCAGGGUGGUUGUGCCCAUAAGAUUGUGUCUUCGCAGCCUACAGGUGGGGAUCAGACCCCACAACUGCACCCAGACUGUCCACUCUAGGGACAAAGAACCACCACCUCGUCUCCACCUACAGCAAUCUCACAGCUGUGAGAUCUGCGCCCACUGCAGUAGCUUUCAUCUCAUCCCUUCAGCCACCCACCGUUCAGAGCUUUCUCUGAAGGGGUCAGUGGAAGAGUUACAGGGACGCCGCAGAGGUGUGUGAUGUCCUCAACCUGUGAGGGCUGCUGUGGAGCGGGAGGGGGUUCGGCAAGUCAUGGGCUCAGACAGUCACCUCCACAUCUAGGACGGUGUGAGAUGUCUCCUCUAGUGGGCUGCAAAGUAAAGCUUUAGGCUGUGUGGGUUACCCAGUGACAGGACCAGAGUGUUCUCGGUCUACGGCCUCAUAAGGCCAUUUUGGUCCCUAGUAGCUGCUCCUGCUCACUUCCUGGCUAAUGGUCAGGGGGAGGAGUGGUCGAUUAUAUGGAGUUAGGGAACUUCCAGGCUCUGUUCUGCUUGCCUUCCUCCCACUGCAACCGACCAAGAAGGGCAAGGCCUGACGUUUGAAAUGGUUCUCAGCUCCUGACAGCCCUAAAACAGGGGCUGGCAAACUUGGGGCCUUGCUGCAUGCGUUGUGUGGUCCAAGAACUGAGGGUGUUUUCGGUGUUUCUCAAUGGCUGGGGGCAGGGGAGAGGACGACAAAAAAACAAAGACAACAAAACACCAUUUUGUGACAUUUGAAAAUUCCACUAAACCUCAGAGCAGGGUUUUGGUGGAGCAAAGCCACACCUAUUUACAGGCCGGCCUCUGCCGCGGCACCAGCCCUCCACACUGCCUGCCUCAUGUUGCGCUCGGAAGAAGCUUCAUGCCCUCCAGCUGCGGGGGAAUUCUUUUUCCUCUCAGGGGUUUGUUCUCCUGAAUCCGCCCACGUGACUGAGAGCGAAGCCGUGUGGUCGAUUCUGUGAAGUCGGUCUGGACCAGAAUGGGACGAGGAGUUCUCCGGCUGCAUCCGCGUGAAAGAGGUGUGUGACGUGUGUGUGCCGUGAGCCCGGGGUGUCAGUGCUGCGCGGGUCUGUUUCAGAUCCCAGUGGAAUGAACACCAGGGUGAGGCGUUCUCACAGGCACUGUGAGGUACUGCAGUUGUGUAUUCUUUCAAGCUCCGUGUCAGCUCCAGUCCAUAUAUCAGUAAACUCAGAGAAUUUUCAGAAGUGUAUUUCAGAGGAACUUCAAAAAGAUUUGGAUUUCUAUUUCAGUUAAUAAACCUGUAACUUUGGCCUGAAA